UUCACAGCAGUAGUGUGGAUCAAUUACUGUUGAUAGAUUUAUGUUGAAACUUAUUUGCUGUAAAUGAGUGACAGGGAUCAAAAUCUUAAAAGAAAAAUGAGCACAGGUGGUAGAAACAUUCCAGGAUUGACCGAACCUCCUCCAAAGCUAAGCAAAAAUGCAAAAAAAAGACAAAGGAAAAAGGAAAAGGCAUUAAAAGCAGAAAAAGAAGAAACUAAAUUAAAUAUCGAUGCAGCAAAUAAGAAAUCAGAGUCAAAUGAUGUGGUUGACGAUAAUGGUGGAAAAAAUGAGAAAGAGGUGAAAGAAAAAACGGGACAAUCAUGCCCCACAAAUGCAAGAUCUUCUUCUAAGGAUAAUCUAAAUGGUCGUGGAACAUCUUAUGAUCGUAGCGGUGGGGAUAAAGAGAAAGAAGGGAGUGUGGCAAAAAGUGGGCGAAGCAGGUCAAGAGAUCGAAGUUCAAGUAAUUCUUUAAAGGAGAGGAAGAGUAAAGAAAGAGAAAGGGAAGGAGAGAAGGAUGGGAAGAAGGGAUAUAAUGAGAAUAAGGGUUCUUCUUCUCACAGUGAAGAUAAAAGGAGAGAUUCUUCAGCUGAUGGCCGGCAUUGGCAUAAGGGUGGAAGUUCAAGUAGGAACAGAUCUGGUGAAAGGGGUAGAGAUGGUUAUCAUGGUGGUGGUGGUGGUGGUGGCGGUGGUGGUAGUGCGAGGCAAAAUCAUCAGAGAGUCCAAGGUAGAGACUACAGACAACAACAAGGACAUUAUGGUGGCCAACAAAACCACAACCAACAACCACAGAAUUACCAAAGGGGAGGUGGGUAUGGUGGGAGGCAACAACAUCAGAGAGUCCAAGGUGGAGACUACAAACAACAAGGACAACAUGGUGGUUACCAACAAAGGGGACAUGGGUAUAGUGGGAGGGGGAAUAAUAUGAAUAGAGGAGGUGGUUAUGCUCAGAGUAAUUGGCAAGGACAGAUGGUUAAUUAUGUUGCAUCUGGUCAACCAAUGGUACAGCAUGAUAAACCAUAUGGACCACAACCCCCAUCUCAAUAUGAACCUCAAUACACAGAGUUUGAUGUCUCAAAGGAAUUGGUUCGAAUUGUUCGCCACGGAAAAUAUAAUCAGCAAAUUCAGAUGGAUGCGGAAGGAUAUGUGUUUGUCAAUGAUAUUCUGACUUGUAAAAGGUUUUAUGACCAAUUUCCAGGAGUGAAUGAGUUAUAUAUCGAGAAGAUUGUUGAAUCGAACGACAAGAAGCGGUUUGAGUUGAAGUUUGAGGAGGGAGUUGGUUGGAAGAUCAAGGCAGCGCAAGGACACACGGUGAAAAUUGAGAAUCGAUCAUUGAGGCCGAUAACUAAUCCUGCAGAGUUUCCUGUUGUUAUACAUGGGACAUACUGGGAGAACUGGGAGUUUAUUAAAGUGAAUGGUUUGAACAGGAUGGGGAGAAAUCAUAUCCACUUCGCACCUGGGUUGCCAAAUGAGGUUGUGAGUGGGAUGAGAAAGUCGUGCGAAGUUGCCAUAUAUAUUAAUAUGACUCAAGCUUUGAAAGAUGGCUUCAAGUUCUUCCAGUCCAGUAACCAAGUUAUUUUAACGGAGGGAGAUGAAAAAGGGAGAAUUCAUCCAAAGUAUUUUUUAAAAGUAGUGCAGCUGUAUCCACGCAAAGGGAUUAAGUUUGAAAUCCCACCCGAAUAUUCCGACGAAAAAAGCAAAAGUAAUGAAGAAAACAAGAGUGAAAAACCAAAGCAAGUUAAAGGAAACUGAUUGAAUGUUUUUUUGGGAAUGAAUGGCAUUGUUUGUUGUGCAUAGAUUAUAACAGCCUACUUUGAUAAUGAAAACGGUCAGUUUUUUGAUGUAUUUGCACCUAAAUGGAUGUAAAAAAUAUAUUCUCUUUCUUUUUUACAUUUUCUUUUUUUUUUAAAUCCAACAUCGUAUGCAACCGUAUGAACAAAUUGUGAAUGGACGAUCUGUGCGUCGCAGAUGGAUUGCAUUCAAUUUAUUAUAAACAAUAUCAGAACCUGAUAUUUUUGUUUGUUAUACUUAUACCUAGAAUGCUAUUGCUUAUGUUAUACCUGGUAGUAACGGAAUAUUUGUUUGUUCUAUGUGGGUGAAGUUCUUUGGCAAAGCACGUCAUGGGAACUGAGAUUUAUACCAGAGUUGGCUCAUUAACCCUUGUGUAGGGCUAGUGUUAAUUUUGUUAAUUCCGUUUUAAAUAAGUUUCUUCAAACUAUCAACUGUUAUCACGUUGUGUUUAUUUGUGUUUUGCAUUGGGGGUUGUUUAUAAUUAAUUAUGCAUAGAUUUCCUCAAUGUUGUUUACCCAUAUUUACAACUUUGUAAACUGGAAGACUUAAAAAGGUGAAGGUUAAUAUACUUUCUGUUGCUUUUCUGUGUAACAGCAUUAGCGCAACUUUCAAUGUAAAAUCAAGAACACCUAAAAAUUUUGCACUUUGUAUAAAGUGUUUCAAAUUUUUUUUUCAAUUUUUUGUUUUACCAAAGCUCUAAAAUGUAAGUGAGUCUUUUUUAAUCCACUGAUUUCAGCACAACUGUUUGUGAUUUGGUAACCUAGCGUUUUUUGUAGUCAUCAUUGCAAAUGUAAAAUGCUUUCAAACUAAGUGAGUUUUGCUUUAAUAACUUAAUGAAAAAAUAAGUAAUUGCAAUUUAACAUCAGUUUUAUUGUAUUUAG